AUGGGGCCGUUCUCUCCCUUCAACCUCUCCCUUGUGGUUUUCCUGGCUUUCAUUUCCCUGCAAGGUAUGACUAAGUUGGGCUCAUCAAACCCUGGUUGAGACGAGCCAAGUAAAGUCUUCUCCAAAGCCAAGUGGGCUUGGCACCCGGCCACCCCAGGGGGCGCUUCCUCUUCAAAGGACAACCACUUGCUCCACCCUCAUUGCCACUUCCCCCCAGGUCAGCCUUUGCCAACCUGGUGCCCCCCAACUGCUUGGACUACAACUCCCAGCAGCCUCAGCACCACACAGCUGGGCUGUGUUUUAGCCCAACGCAUCUGGCAGGCACAAGGCUGCUCUAGGGUUUCCUUCAGCUUCUCGGUCUUUAUUAGGCUUGCAUUGCCAUCCUCCUUCCCUCCCUCUUAAGACCUCACCCACCCUCGACAGGGCCCUCAUCCUGCUCCUUCCUUCCUUACAAGCCAGCUGUGGCCCCACCCCUGAUUUUCUUUGUUCCACGGAGCGUCCACUAAGGCUGCGAACAGCUGGACUGCUGUGGCGUCCAGUCCGCUUCCUUAUUAUUUAUACCCCGCCCAUCUGGCUGGGGCCCCCCAGCCACUCUGGGUGGCCUUCAACAAAACAUUAAAAUACCAUAAUACAUCAAACAUUAAAAGCUUCCCUAAACAGGUCUGCCUUCAGAUGUCUUCUAAAAGUCUGGUAGUUGUUGUUCUCUUUGACAUCUGGUGGGAGGGCGUUCCACAGGGAGGGUGCCUCUACCAAGAAGGCCCUCUGCUGGGUUCCCUGUAGCUUUGCUUCUUGCAGCAAGGGAACUGACAGAAGGCCCUCGGCACUGGACCUCAGUGUCUGGGUAGAAUGAUGGGUGUGGAGGUCAAGGUCAGCACCAACACUUUGAAUUGUGCUCGGAAACAUACUGGGAGCCAAUGUAGGUCUUUCAAGACCGGUGUUAUGUGGUCUCAGCAGCCGCUCCCAGUCACCAGUCUAGCUGCCGCAUUCUGGAUUAGUUGUAGUUUCCGGGUCACCUUCAAAGGUAGCCCCACGCAGAGUGCAUUGCAGUAGUCCAAGCGGGAGAUGUCAGCUUGCCAGCUGCAUCGCGUUGCUGCUCUCAGCAGAGAAAGCACUCCAGGCAGCCAGCCAUAAAUUCCAUUCUUUAUUUCCUCCUGACUCAAUUACAGGCAGAAAAAACAAAGCGAUCCGUCUUUCAUGAUGCGUUGCUUCGACUGGUCUCUUUUUCCCCUCGCUCCUGAGUCCAGCACAGCCAUCGGCCCAACCCCUUCCGUCUUUCCCUGUGACGUGGAGCCCCCUCUCUAGGAAGUACCCCCUCCUGCUCAGACUCACUCUCCUCUUCUCUUUCCUCUGAGGAUGAGCCAGUGCUAAUCAGAGGGGAUCGUUCUCUGUAUCCUCCCUUUCUUUCCUCACUCGCAGCCGGCAGUUCCCUGACAGGAGAUAACCAGAGCAUGCACCACUCUGGCGAGGCAGUCCGCAGGCAGGGAUGGUCUCAUCCUGCAUACCAGAUGGAGCUGGUAAACAGCUGCCCUGGACACAGAACUGACCUGUGCCUCCAUGGACAUCUGUGCGUCCCUGUGCCAACCUGCUUCUCCCGGCUACAGCAGACUUAUUUGUGCAGAGGUGACUGUGUGGAAGGAAUCUCAGCCAUGCAGUAAAACUCUUGUACAACAGCUCCUUCUAUUCUGAGAAGCGUUUAUUGUACAGCAGCAAAACAACAAAUCAGCCAGAAGAUAGCAAAGGCAUGAUGCUUCUCUUGUCGCAGCAAAACAGAAAGUAAAAACGUUCACAUAACAAAGAUGCGAACACACCCCAGUGACAGGACGUCUUUUCCCUUGAGCUACUAACCCUGUAAGCUCUGGGUAUCCUCACAUCCCCUCUCGUCCUGUACCACUGGGGAAGAGUGCAAGUACUGUAAGUACUACCAGUUACCCCAGACACAACCCUUCGCAGAACUCCCCAUGUCUUUGGAAGCUCAAAGGUUUUGUGAACCCAUCCGCUAGGUUCUUCUGACUUGGACAGUACUUCAGCUUUCCCUUCUCUUUCACCAGGCGCAGACUCCAGCUGCCCCACAGGCUGGGUCAAGCGAGGAAAUCAAUGCUUUGGGUUCUUCAAUGAUACUAUUCAAUGGCAAGAUGCAGAGGUAUGGGACCAAGAGUGGCUUGAACCAGGGAUGUAUUUCAUUAAAAACUUAAGCACAGUAAAAGAGCCGGCAGGAUCAGGCCAACACAUCUAGUGAAAUCUCCUGUUCCUAAAGUGGCCAACCACAGGCUUACAGGAAGCCUGCAAGAUGGAUUUGGGUGCAAGAGCACUUUCUCUUCCUGCGGUUUCCAGCAACUGGUAUUCAGAAGCUUACCGUAUUUUUCGCUCUAUAACACACACUUUUUCCCUCCUAAAAAGUAAAGGGAAAUGUGUGUGCGUCUUAUGGAGUGAAUGCAGGCUGCGCAGCUAUUGCUGAAGCCAGAACAGGAAGAGGGAGCACUGCGCAGCGAUCCCUCUUGCUGUUCUGGCUUCUGGGAUUCAGAAUAUUUUUUCUUGUUGUUUUCCUCCUCCAAAAACUGGGUGUGUCAUAUGGUCUGGUGCGUCUUAUAGAGCCAGAAAUACAGUAACUCUUUGUGGGAUGCAUCCCCCUGGGGAAAAAAUGGCUUUCCAAACUCCCAGGCUGUGCUUGCCUUGACUUGCGUCCUUAUCAGGGAUGGGGCUCACUACUUGUUUGUGCUUGUGGUUCUCAUGAGUGGGAUGCAGGUGGCGCUGUGGGCUAAACCACUGAGCCUCUUGGGCUUGAGCUCCCGUUGCUCUGUCCCAGCUCCUGCCAGCCUAGCAGUUCGAAAGCACAUCGAGUGCAAGUAGAUAAAUAGGCAGUGCUUUUUUCUGGGGGUACGCAUACCCCUAAACAUUUUGUGAAUCUAAAUUUGGCCUCACUGAGGGGUAGUAUUUCAAUAUGAGUCAGAAAAUGAGAGUACCCCUAAACAUUUUUUAAAGAAAAAAAGCACUGUAAAUGGGUACCGCUGUGGUGGGAAGGUAAACAGUAUUUCCAUGCGCUCCAGCACUUCUCAUGGUCCUCUGUGCACCAGAAGCGGUUUAGUCCUGCUGGCCACAUGACCCGGAAAGCUGUCUGUGGACAAACGCCAGAGGCCCCCUCAGCCUGAAAGCGAGAUGAGCGCCACAACCCCAGAGUUGCUUUUGACUGGACCAAACUGUCCAGGAGUCCAUUACCUUUUACCUUCUCAUGACACCAACUCAGUUCAUGCUGGUACUUAGUGCAUUCUAGAGCAUGGUGCUGAUAAUACAAAGGUCACAGGUUCGAUCCCCGUACGAGAUCGUUGCACAUUCCUGCAUUGCAGAGGGUUGGACUAGAUGAUCCUUGGUGUCUCUUCCAACUCUACAAUUCUAGAUUUCUGUAAUUUUUGCAGUACAGUGGGACCUCGGGUUAAGUACUUAAUUCGUUCCGGAGGUCCGUUCUUAACCUGAAACUGUUCUUAACCUGAAGCACCACUUUAGCUAAUGGGCCCUCCUGCUGCCGCCGAUUUCUGUUCUCAUCCUGGAGCAAAGUUCUUAACCCGAGGUACUAUUUCUGGGUUAGCAGAGUCUGUAAGCUGAAGUGUAUGUAACCCGAGGUACCACUGUACAUGCUCAGCCCGUGGUGGUUACAUGGACUGCAAAUGUCUCCUCUUACUGCUCAGAAGUUGCUGUCCAGGCACAGGGACAGAAUGAAGUAGAAGCCUGCUGAGAUGGUCAACCCAAUUCCAAUGGCAGCUCCCAUUCUCUGGGGUGCUCUUUUUUGGUCUCUCUCAGGUUGCCUGCCAGGCCUUUGGUGAGAAUGGCCAUCUUGCCUCCAUUCACAAUGAAGAUGACAUGAAGGCCCUGUCGCAACAUCUGAGCCAGAACUAUAAAGGGGGUCAACAUGUAUGGAUCGGGUUGCACAACCCCAACACUGGGAGUGAAAACGUGAGUCUGGGCAGGCGGUCCUCCUCUUUCUAAUCAAUAUUCAGGGACUGUUCAGAAUGGCAGCCGCAAGGGGCAGGGAAACCAGCUGAAAAUAUUGAAAUUUCAGCUCCGGUUGUCCGAACUGAUAAGGCUCAUCUUUUUGAGCCCUCCCAGCAGAGCAUUAAAACAACAAAGUCCACAACGGAAGGAUGAGGCAGGUAUGGCUACAUUGCUAUGCUUUAUUACUAAGCUAUGCAGAGAGUAAAGAAAUAUACAUGUUCUCUCUAUGAGAGCAGAGAGCAACUGAACAAAGGAAAACGAAAGAACAAAGGAAACAGGAAACCAGUAACGUCACAUCCCGUCUCCCUUUCCCGUGAGAAUCCAACAGUAUCUGGACUGUGGAAUGUAAACACAGUCCUGUGACUUGCAAGCAGCUGCUCAGUGAGGAAACAGAAACUAACAGUUCCUGCAUGGAGGGAAAGAGCAGAAAAGGGAACACAGGUGUCAGGUGAGCGUUUAGGAAAAUGGUUAGCCAUCCACCUUUCUGGGAAAUACCUAAGAGUCCAGCAUGCGAGUCAGAGCUCUGUCUUAACUUUGACCAUACGGGGCUGUCUUUCAUAGAAUCAUAGAAUCAUAGAAUAGAAUCAUAGAAUCAUAGAGUUGGAAGAGACCACAAGGGCCUUUGACCAUUUUGGUUGCCCUCCUCUGGACAUGUUCCAGUUUGUCAGUGUCCUUCUUGAACUGUGGUGCCCAGAAGUGGACACAGUACUCCAGGUGAGGUCUGACCAGAGCAGAAUACAGUGGCACUAUUACUUCCCUUGAUCUAGAUGCUAUACUCCUAUUGAUGCAGCCCAGAAUUGCAUUGGCUUUUUUAGCUCCUGUGUCACACUGUUGGCUCAUGUCAAGUUUGUGGUCAACCAAGACUCCUAGAUCCUUUUCACAUGUACUGCUCUCAAGCCAGGUGUCACCCAUCUUGUAUUUGUGCCUCUUUGGAAGGUGGCUGGAUGGAGAAGAUGACAACUGGUCUCCCACACCUUUAUCAUCUCUGAAGAAGAGGGCAUCGCGGCAAGUGUGCUUUUUGUGAAAGUGGGGCUGCCGUGGGGGGGGGGGGAGAGAACAGCUGUACCUGCCAAGAUCCCCUCUUCAGCAUGAACAUUGGAGGACCAAGUCUUGAUCCUUUCCAACAAGGUGUGGGGGGGAGAGAAAUCCUUUUUUUCCUUUUUCUUUUUUUGCAAAUGGCAUAACCAUUUUCUCAACAUUUGCAAAUUUCUGCAGUGCAUGCAUGCUCAGAGGCAAGUUCCACUAGCUUUAUGUCUCUGCUGUCUUAUCCCCGUGCUUUUUUUCCUGGGGGUACACAGGGGUACACAUACCUCAUUUGGCCUCAUUUGGGGCAAUAUUUAAUAUGAGUAGGAAAAUGAGAGUAGCUCCUAAACAUAUUUUUUUAAAAGACAAAAGGCACUGUCUUAUAUUUUGAAGGGGAAAAAAUGAAUGAAUUCCUGUGCCCCACAAAUAACCCAUUGGUGCAUUUUAAAUAAAAGCACACAUUCUACUCAUGUAAAAACACGCCGAUUCCUGGACCGUUCGCGGGCCAGAUUUAGAAGGCAAUUGGGCUGGAUCUGGCCACCGGGCCUUAGUUUGCCUACCCAUGGUGUUAUCCUAUGCAAUAGCUUCAGAAAUCUCUAGGCCUCAAGUUUUAGGAUAACAUUAUCAGGUUGACACAAGUUAACCGGAUGCAGUCUGCUUUCCAACUAUGCCAAAUUUUAGUAAGCAGGGAGUGGAAAAAUGAGGAGGAAACGCUUUCUCUUCUCUUUUAUUUAUUAAAAUGUAUGCACCCCUAUAUUGGUUCUUUUAAAACAAAAGCAAACCAACAAACCUCAAAGCUGUUUUGUAGUGGUGGUUAGGAACAUGACUGCAGGAAGGACUUUUAAAAAAUGAAGGACCCAAACCAAUGCGUUACAAGGAAGGAGAUUCCGACUAAACAUACGGAAAAACUUUCGGACAGUAAGAGCUAUUCAAAGCAAUGACAAACAGACCUAUGGUCACGUAAAACAUACUCAAUAAACACAUGAGGUGUAACCGGCUGUGUUCUUAGAUAAAUAAGAUAUACUACUCAUAGUAUCAAAUUGUAAAUUUCAACAGAAAUAACUCAUAAAGUUCAAGAAAUGAAAAAAGCAGAAGACCCAGUGGAUCAGAUCAUUCUAUAGCCAGUUCAUGCAUAAGGUCCAUCUGUGUAAUGGUGUCCAUUCCACCUGUCUGUUCAUAAAGUCCAAACCAUCCACAUGAAAGGUUGUUUUGUUGUUGUUUAGUUGUUUAGUUGUGUCUGACUCUUUGUGACCCCCUGGACCAGAGCACGCCAGGCACUCCUGUCUUCCACUGCCUCCCGCAGUUUGGUCAAACUCAUGCUGGUAGCUUCGAGAACACUGUCCCACCAUCUCAUCCUCUGUCAUCCCCUUCUCCUUGUGCUCACCAUCUUUCCCAACAUCAGGGUCUUUUGCAGGGAGUCUUCUCUUCUCAUGAGGUGGCCAAAGUCUUGGAGCCUCAGCUUUAGGAUCUGUCCUUCCAGUGAGCACUCAGGGCUGAUUUCCUUAAGGAUGGAUCUGUUUGAUCUUCUUGCAGUCCAUGGGACUCUCAAGAGUCUCCUCCAGCACCAGAAUUCAAAAGCAUCAAUUCUUCGGCGAUCAGCCUUCUUUAUGGUCCAGCUCUCACUUCCACACAUCACUACUGGGAAAACCAGAGCUUUAACUAUAGGGACCUUUGUUGGCAAGGUGAUGUCUCUGCUUUUAAAGUUGCUGACUAGGUUUGUCAUUGUUUUUCUCCUAAGAAGCAGGUGUCUUUUAAUUUCGUGACUGCUGUCACCAUCUGCAGUGAUCAUGUCUAAGACAAGGAUUUCCAGAAUAUUGGCCUUGUUUCGCCAUCCUGGGCUUCAUCAGUACUUAAAGCUCUAAAUAAUGCAAAUAAAUACAAUAUCAUGAUCUCACACAUUUUACAGAAAAAAUAAUAUAAAACCAUAAAUAGCUGUACAUACCAUAUGUGAUAUUACAGGACAGUGGAUCUGAUGGCAUAUUAGUAGCUGCAGUAAGCAGCAACUGUUACAAAGUAGGGUUAUAUGGACAAGCACAAUAUUGAUUGGGUUGCAGGUUUGGCAAUCCACUAUUCUGCAGUGGAACAGAUUCCCACGAGAGAUGAUGGACUCUCCUUCCUUGGAGAUCUUUAAGCAGAAGUUGCGUGACCAUCUGCCAUGGAUGCUUUAGCUGAGAUUCCUGCUGAGAUGAGCAGAGAUUCUAUUAUUCUAAGUCCCUGCAACGUGGGAACUGGGAUUCUGAGUCUCCAGAUGUUCUUCUUAUUCCCAUUGAUUGGACAAGGGAAGAAUGGGCUGGAGAAGUCCCUUUCUUCCUCAGCAGUGACGAUGUCUCUUUUGCUGUCUUUCUAUAGAACUGGCAGUUCAAAUGGACAGAUGGCACCACUGGAAGAUACACUCCUUGGGCGCCUGGGCUACCCACUAUUGACACUGACGAACACUGCGUGGAACUCUUCAGCCAAGGUGAGGAGCAAGAGGAGGAAGCCAUGGGGUGCUUCAGAGAUGGAGGCUGAAGCACUGGAGGAAGAGGCAGGGAAGGGAAGGGCCAGGUGUUUCCCCACCCUCUCCUGCACCACUGGCUCCCAGAACCAGGAGGUGACUGAAGUGGGAAGAGCAGAGGAUGUUUCCAUGUAGGCAUAGUCUCUGGCUACAUGUGUGCAACUUGUCAGAGGAAGGUACAUAAACUGGUGGGGCAGGAUGGCCCCCUGUUGCUGCAACUGUUCCAUCAAGACCCACCUAUGAAUAGCUGCCUAGAUGCUACACUGGGGGGUGGGUGUUUAUCUACAACUGUGAAAACUGUGCUGGGCCCGGGGGUUAACCCGAGCAAUGCGGUCCAGGUUCGGUCCCGAAUCCAAGGAUUCUGUGAGGAGUCAGUCCAACAGGGCCAAGGCAAGUCUCAAGGCAGGAAACUAGGUAGGUCAGACACAGGGUCUCAGGCAGGUUCCAGCAAGCAGCAAUAUUGCUCCCGCAACCUGGGGCAGGGCCCGACAGCCUUUUAUCUCUGUCGGAGUAACGGUCGUCCUGAUCCCCCGGUGACUCACCUCCCUGUCUCGCCCGAAGACGAGCACUCCUCCUGCGAGUACUCAGGUCUCUCCUUCUUUCAGACCUUAGUCUCUGCAGCUGGGGAGAUGUUGGUGGGUUACUAGACCCAGAGGCCACCUCAGCCUCUCCUGACCCAACUGGUAGUGGAGCAGCUGUAGGUGAUGGCCCAGCUAGAGGCAACAAAGUCAUCCCCGCAUCUGGAGCCAGGGCAGGCUCAGGCCCCUGACUCGGUCCAGCUGGUGCUUGUUGCAGGGGAACCUGUGCAGACUGGGGCUCUUCAGAAUCAGGCCCCAGACUUGGUUCAGAUGAUGCCUGAGGCAGAGGAUCCAGUGCGGAUUGAGACUCCUCUGGUUCCGAAUCCGAGCCCGAGUCCCAGGCCAUCACAGAAACUACUGUGUCAGCUUUGACAAUAGAGAGUUAACUAUCUGCCCUGGAGUCCCUUUGGGUGGGAAGCACCCUUGGCGUCACAGCUGAAGAACGGUGCAUGGUUUCAGAGCACUGGGUUGCUGCUAGUAGGCCCCUGUAACUCCCUGCCAGAUGUUUCCAAGACCUCCUGCCGCCCCAACAAAGUUGGACACUGAGGUGGCUGGCUGUGAGUGUUAGUAACAUCCUCCCACAUUGUCUUCCAGACUACAUGAACUGGAAUAACCACUAUUGCAUCGUAAAUCACCCCUACCUGUGCAAAUACACUUUCUGA